UGCGCCACCUCUCUUCCGCGCCCUUUCUUCUCUCCUCGCCUUUCUUCUGCAGUGCAGCCUGGGAGCUCCGACCAAACGAUACCAACAGCUACAAAAAGUCUAAACGAGAGAGAGAGAGAGAGAGCGGAAUCUAGCUUCAUAGUAGAGUAUAGGCAGGAGUUUUGAGGAGACUGAGUUAUCUCAAUGGCGAGCGGGUGGGUUAAAUCGUUGCAGUGCAAGUCAAGAGCGUUCGAAGACGUUUAUCAUCCUACCCCAAAAAUUCUUAUACCCAGUGCGAGUUGCAGAAAAAGCGUCCAAAACAUUAAAGACGUGGUCGACAGCGCCAAGCCUAAGCCCAAAAAACCCAAGCCACCCCUUGAGAAGCACCCCAGUUCAAAAUAUCCUCGAACCACAAAACCAGAAAGCCCUUCCAACCCUACAACCAUAACCCGCAGUGUCUCUUCCACCCGGCCAACCCGUGCACCCGAGCCAUUCCUUCCGUCCCUGACGGAGCUUCCCGAGGGACAUCCAUCGCGCAACGUUGUGGAGAUUAUCUUCCAUACUAGCUGGGGUCCCAAAGCGUUUAUGGGUCAAAUCGAGAUGAUUUUCAAGGUUGUCAACGCCUGCAGAACGGUGUCCCGGUUUGAAGAAUAUCGCGACACGGUGAAGCGUCGCGCCGGUUCGGGCGCUCUGACCGAGGGGAGUAAUUGGGAGGAGAAUGCACGGUGCGUGGCGGAUGGGAAUGAGGUGAUGAGGUUUCAAUGUUUAGGUCCCACGUCGGGAGGUGGCCCCUACGAUGCCAGCGGGGGAGGAGGAGGUUGUGCAUGGUCGUUGCCAGGUGGGAAAGGUUCCGCGAUUCGGACGUUCUCCAGCAGCGGAGAAGCCCAUGAAAGCGGCGGCGGGGGGCGGGGUAGAAGAGCCAUGAUGGUGUGCCGGGUCAUUGCGGGCCGGGUCUCCAAGCAAAUAGGGUUCAUGGACUCUUUGUUGGAUGGUCGAGUGGCGGUGGACUCGGUGAGUGGGGACGAAGGCGAGUUGUUCGUGUUUGAUUCGCGUGCCGUAUUACCAUGUUUUCUCAUCAUAUAUAAAUUGUAAAAAAUGAAAAGGAAAUGAUUUUUACCAUCCUUUUUUAUUUUUAUUUUUUUACGGGGAAUGUAUGGAAGUUGAGGUCUUGAACCUUCGGCCUGCAUUUAUCCACACCAGUUCUCCCAGUGCCUUCCUGUUUAGUUACUACGUGUUUGUGUAAGUAUGAGGAAAUCGGGUUGAUGCAUGCUGAUUAAAAUUAUUAUACCUCAAAUUGUUUUUUUAAACGAGCCGAAAUAAGGUGAAUUUUAGAUGCAAUCAAAUUUGUGUCCAGUCCCAAAGCUCGACAACGCAGGUCAGAAUCCAAUGUAUUUGUCCUGUUACAAUGGCAAGACAAUGAUCGUCCGACGCAAGAAUAGCAUGAAUGGCAGUAAACCAGUAACCCUUGUUUUCCCUAAAUCUGAAGGCAAUAUUUGCUGUUUUGUUUCUUCUUAUACAUGUUCAUUUCAAACAUGUUUAACUUUUCCUUGAUUCUCUCUUAUUUUCAUGAA